CUGUCCAUUGUAGUUGCGAAGAAAACAGUCACGAUCAAGAUGUAUCGAUGGCUUCUCUAGCCAGCCUCCAGCCAUCGAUAACUCGUUUUCGCCAUGCAUUGCCCCGCAUGCUACGCCAAGCAUCCCUCUAACGACACGACGGUUCACCCGUUCCUCCGCAGAAAGCCUACUAGAAAGGUAGAGAAUGAUAUCACGGAAGCCGUUCACAUUGUCAACAACCGGCCAAAGCACGCUCUCGAGAAUGAUCAGACAAUCAUGUCACCGCACUCUGCUGCUUCUAUGGUCAACCACAUACCGGCGGGCUCUCCGUCUCCCAAGUCCCACUCUAGACAACGCUCGGGGCCCGUACCCGCACCCACGGCAGCAGCGUCCCUGGUCAAUGCUCACGUCACUAUCACUCCCGUAGCUGUCAAGAGGCAGAUGAAGCCAUCUGCGUUCAGCACCUUCCCCACGCCCCUUGCAUCGCCCCGUCCGUUCUAUCCGCCCGGCUUUGGCGCUAGGCGUGGCACCUCAGUAGCUACACCCAGUCGGCUCCCCAUGCGCAAUAGCCCGCCUCGAACUGAGGUCAGCAUACUGACAAAAGAAAGGAUGAUAAAGACGUCGAAGCAUAAUAAUGCAGGGAUCAAGCUUACAGCUAAGAUCGAGCCCAAUGACAUUCCUCCCGUUACGAAGGCUGUCAGUCGCGUCCCUGUUCUCGUCCACACAUCUGUCGUCAGCUCUCCCCCGAACACUGUCCGAAGGAUGAUUGAUACGAAACGAAGCACGAACGUCACCCCUGUGCGUAGUCGAGGCGGAGAUAUGAAGAUUAGCAACGUGGAGGUCCUGAAGAACAAAGGCAACAUCUCAGUAUCUCAGAGAGCGGCGGGGGUCACCAAGCAUGGCAAGCGAGAUGCACAGAUUAAAGAGAAGCCCGAGCGUGUCGCGAUAUUCCAGGCUUGUCCCAAGAUUAGCCGCGACAUCAAGGCCGCCGUUGAUCUUGUCGUUACCGGGUCGAAGAUUACCGGGAAAAAUAUCAGUGGUACGGCACGUGGGAAGAAGGAGAAUGAAUUGAAAGAGAGGGAGGGAGAUAGGAAGAAGGCGACAGCGCACCGCAUACCCGAAGGAGAGAAGGCAUAUCGAGCCCGAAACAUUCGUGGAGGAGUACCGACUGUUGAAAGCCUCUCAUAUGAUGGGAAGAAGAAGAAGCAAGCUCUCGCGUGUGUUAAUGAUAUCAAGAAGAUUAAGACGAAGUAUGCUCAAAGCGUCCGCGGCAGCUCACCAACCACUGGCAUGGCCAACUCUCCCUCGCCUAAGAAUGGCUUCAUGUCUGCACCUCAUAGCAAUCGAGAACUAGAAUCAGACGCUACCACUUGCCGUGAAAUGAAGUCGCUAUGCCGUGUAAACCUCGGGGUUGAGGAUCCGAUCAACAUCGUAGAUAGUGGUGGUAAUGAGCGCAGAAAGACCGCAAGUCCCUGCGGAGAGUCGCCCAAGCGUACUGCAGAUACCACCGGGGACACCACUUCGGUUGCAAGCCUCCUCGAUGAGACUGUGGUUUGCACACCUCACCACUCAGGGAAGUCGUGUGUCGAGGAAGACGGCACCGAGGAUGCAAGCGCUACCCCCUCGGCAGCAAACAUCUUUAACGACCCCACGGCUGUCAGCCCCAGCACUGGCCAAGAUAUGUGAGCCGAUAUUCUACAUCUGGUUCCAAAUGUUCGCAACUCGUAAACUCAACAGUAUUUAUAGAUCCAAACUACAAUGUCCGGUUGAACUCGGAGACAUCCGCUUCCCCGUCGCAGUCAAGCAGGCACUGGUUCAGGCCCCUGCCUUUGCCCCCUCGAAGGGCAUUCGUCAGAUUGUCGGCACCAUCCUCGCGUUCGUCGCUGCCGACGUCACAAAAGAUUACGCGUCAACCCAGUCGGCCGUGCCCGCCGCUUGCGUUCUUGU